AUGAUUCUAUUUGAUACCGAUAACCUCAUCCAUAUAUUUAGCUUAAGUAGCUUAACAAAAUUUCGCGAGAGUAGAUUUUACUACAUUGUCCCCUUCUAUUAUUAUUGUGUGUCAAUUUGUACAAGGAAAAUGGCACGUGAAGCGAAUAAGCCCGCCAAACGAGUAUGGGAGUCUGUACAGCUGUACACAGUCCGAUGUGGCAAAUGCGCGAAAUGGAGGCUCAUACCCACUAAACAAAAGUACGAGCAGAUAAGGGAAAGGAUUGGCCAAGAAUCUUUUGUAUGCGAAACGGGCCGCGAAUGGAGGCCCAAUAUAUCUUGCAAUGACGAGCCCGAUGUUCAGCAGGAUGGAAGCUUGAUGUGGGCCAUGGAUAAGCCCGGCGUGCCUCAGACUCCAGCCAACUGGCAGCGAAUUAUACGUGUCAGGGCUGAAGGGGGCACUAAGUUUGCUGACGUCUACUAUGUGUCACCAUCGAACAAGAGGUUGCGUUCUAAGGUCGAACUUGAAAGGUAUCUAGCCGAGAACCCGAGUUAUAAACGAGAAGGUGUUGACAUUUCUCGGUUUUCUUUUCAAUCACCGGUGGCUUUGGAAGCUGACUAUGUUAAUGCCAAGCGUCGACUUGUUGCGGCUUCUUCUCCUGAUAAGAGCGCACUGAUUUCUCCAUCUGAAAAUGUGAAGUCACAGCAAAACAGAACAAUUCCUGAGGUUAAGGGGGCAAGAGAUUUGACAAGGCCAUAUUUUCAGCAUUGGUGA